UCUGAUCACCAGCAGGAAGUCCAAGUACAUCAAUUUGAAGCUCAGUUUGAAGAGAGAUUGUGUGUCAAGAUAUCAUUUUUCUUUCUUAGAUAUAUUUGAAUAGUAAUGGGUUGGAGAUAUGGGGGAGGAUUGCUCCUUAUCACAACUGUUGCCAUUGUGUGGGUCACCUCUGCAGAAAUCACUCAGGGUAUUUUCACAGAAUAUAAGCACCCAUUUGCAGUAACUUAUCUUGGAACCUCUCUGUUGGCAGCUUAUCUUCCAAUAGCAUAUAUUAAGGAUUGGUUACUGAAAUUUCUGAGAAUUUCCUCUUGCACUAGUGACCAUGAUCCUGCGGAUGACUUCUCAGGGGGGAUUGAAUCUCCAAUAUAUAAUAACUGUGCACAAACUGAUAUGGACAUCGAACAACAGCAACCUUUGGCUGAUGAGAAAUGUGUCAAAGGCCUGGAUUUUCAAAAGCUAGAAAAACCAACCAUUUUUUAUAGCAAAUAUUAUGAACAUGAUCAGGACAUGCUGAUACAUCGUAGAAAACUCAGCACAAAGGAAGUCGCUACGCUAGGCUUAUUCAUUGGUCCAAUCUGGUUUCUAUCAGAGUAUUUUAUGAAUGCAGCACUUGAACGAACAAGCGUUGCGAGUACAACAAUAUUAUUCUCAACUUCAGGACUUUUCGUUAUUCUAAUCGAGUCAAUGAUGGGACAAGCCUCUGUAAAUGUAGUAAAUUUGGUUUCUGUUUCUGUCAGCAUGGCUGGUGUUGUCAUGACAACAUACGGGAAGACUUGGGCUGAGAAUGAAUCCCAGUCGAACACAUCAUUAGACAGAAACCAGUCUUUUCUCGGAUACGUUUUUGCUUUGCUCUCAGCCAUGACUGAUGGACUCUUCACAGUACUCCUUAAAAAGUUUGCCGGGGAAGAAGGAGAAAAAGUGGAUCUGCAAAAGUUAUUCGGAUAUAUUGGAUUAGUCAUCCUUGUUUCCCUUUGGUGGCUAGUGUUGCCGCUGACUGCAUUAGGCAUUGAACCCAAGUUCAUGGUUCCUGACUCUGCUAAAAUGGUUGAAUUUCUCGUCGCCAAUUGCUUUGCAGGAAGUUUCCUCUCAGAUUAUUUCUGGGCAUUAGGUGUUGUCUGGACCACCCCACUGGUGGCUGCACUGGGAGCCUCGCUUACUAUACCACUUGCAAUGCUGGAGGACAUGGUUAUCCAUGGCCGACACUAUUCAAUUAUUUAUAUUCUUGGCUCACUUCAGGUAUUCCUGGGAUUUGUAAUUGCCAACCUUUCUGAUUGGUUCUCACCUACGUUGGGAUUGCCACUCUUGAAUUCCUUGAGAAAUUUUUUGAUACAUUCAUAACUUGUUACGAUUUCAUUAGUUCUAUUGUAUAUUCUAUCCCAACAGAGGGAGGGAAAAAUAUUUAUUAGGUUUACUUCUCUCUUUUUUGGAAUGAAUUAAUAUUGGUUUGGUUAAUCUAUAAAAUCACUUAAAA